AAAGCUCCAACGUGAGCGGAUUGGAAGAGUGGCAGUUGACAUUUCAUCGUACUUGUUUUUUUCAUCGUCAACUGAAUUAAAGUUGCAAUAUAUCUUUACACCACUUGGGGGAGCUGUUUAAUUGCUGUUGUGGGACGCUAUGUCCUGAUGCGAAGAAGAACGCCGCAACUUCUUUUGAUAUAUAUCUAUUGAAAAUAAAAAACAUACAGAAUAAACAAGCAAACAUGACAAACUAAAGACACGGAAAACACCCUGGGAAUUAUAAUAAAUGACAAUCAUAACACAUGAGAUGAAAAUCGAAACAACCAAACAAAAAGAUCCACAUAUCACAUCCAGUUGAGUUUAUUCAAUCGAUCACAAACAUCUACCGUUUUGAUUGUUUUUAGAUUCAGGGAACUUUGAUUGCUGAUAGAUAACAUCCCACCUCUUUUUUCCUGACUAAAAAUGUCGGCUUCCUCAAGCAGAACACCGUAACGUCUGAGUUUGAAACUGACAACUUCGUCUCCAUGGCGCACAGUCGCCAUCUUCUUUUGUCUCCACGGCCCUAAUUGGCCGUCUAUCGCACUUAUCUGAUACGUCACAAUGCGACAAAAUAAAUUGGUUUUGCAACGUCGUUUCACCACAUUUGGCUUCAAACCCUUGGUUCAACAGAGGCACGUUGCACAGCUGUGGUGGAACAUUCCGGCGUCUUAAAUCUUCUGACCAGACUCUACUGCAGAAGAGGCUCAAUUGGAGAAUGGCAACAGUCACAAUAGAGCAGAGCAGUUCCUCACCUGAGUGGAUGGACUUUGAGACAGACCUAGACAUGGUCCUCUCGACUAUGAAAUCUAUGUUUGGCGAGCUUCCAUCUGCGCCUGCUCCUCAAGAAUCUCCCCAUUUACCUGGGUAUGUCCUACCUGAGGUGGAACAAAGUGGUUUCACCGAUGGACUCAAUGGGACGGGGACGGUCACACACGACAUCAACCCCUUCCAAUGUGGAGCCACAACAGUGCCACCAUAUGGAGGAGUCCUGGCAGAUCACAAUGUUGGGGCAGCACGUGCUGGUUUCAUGUCAGGAGCCAACAUGCAGCCCCUAUGUUGUCAAUGCCCACAUGGGAUGAGAUGGCUGCAGUUUCCCCCUCAGUUCCUGGUGCCACAGCCAGAUGGACCUGUGGCUGGUGUGAGCCCCAUGUAUCUGGACAACUCCUUCAUGCCGUAUGGUUUUGUGAACCAUCAACAAGGUGCUUGUUUCCCAUGCCAGAAGGAGCAAGUACCAGCCCUGGAAGGUGGCAGCUGUGUCCGAACCAAACCCUGCCCUGAGCCUUCACCUCAGGUCCUCACGUCCAAACGCAAACGUGGUGUGGAACCAAACGGAGCCUACAUCAGGAGACCACCCAAUGCCUUCAUGGUCUUCAUGAGGGAGAACAGGGAGAUCAUCACUCGUACCCUAAAACCCAAACACAGCGUGGAGACCAACACCAUCCUGGGAGAGAUGUGGAGGAAAAUGUCAACAGAUGAGCAGGAGAUUUAUUACCAGAAGGCAAUGGAGGAGCGAAGAAUCCACACGGAGAAAUACCCGGAGUGGUCCAGCCAGGACAACUAUGGAAAGAAGGUCAAGAGGCAGAGAAAGAAAACUUCGUCUGAAGUUAGAGUUCAUCUUUUGUUUUGUGAAUAUGAAAUAAAAAUAUAUUUUUUAAAUCUAAACGAAGCACCUGAUUUUGUCAGAAUGUUUUUUAUUGAAGUACUUUGGUUUGGAAGGAUGUUUAGUUUGUAUAUCUGUAUCUGGACUUCGAACACAGAGGUUGAUGGUGUGUGUUACUCCGCAAUGUUCCACGUUCUGUCUAGCACCAGUGGCAGUGUUUUCAUGAGCUCUUUAAAAACUGUCUGUCCACCCAAGAACUGGACGUACAGCCUCCUGAAGUUGAUGUCAGUGCGUUCAGCAAAGUGUUGAGGAAUGGAAAGCUGCACCAUAUUAGCGAGCACUGUAAAGUGAAGACGCCUGAGUGGUGCACAUGCUUCAUGGUGGAGUCUGCCAACAAGUGAGUGGAUGGGCGAGUUGGGUUCCUUGUGGCGGGAGAGGACCGAAAUAAAAAAAAGGGGGAAUGCCAUGGUGAUAAACAGGCAUAGCAUGUGAACAAUGUUGUGGAAGACAAGGAGUCAGAUAGGAUCAUGAUGAACAUCGGAACAUAGGAGAAAAAGAUCUGGAACAAGUGCCAAAUGUUUCUAGGUCUAAGUUGAGGCAGAGGUCAAAAGAAACCACCUGAGGAGUGGCAAAGGACAACAAAAGCUGUGAAGGAAAGUCUAAAUAGUGUUGGCUGUAUUGUCAGUGAGAAGGGAGGUCAGCAUCAGUGACUGCAGAAUGAUUU